GAGAAACUAUAAAGAUCCAUGAACUCCUCAUGACACAUGCCCUUGCCGACCUCUCCUGUUGACUGUUGCUCUGUAGAUGCGCCGUGCUUCCAAUAACUUGUGAAGCCACACCAGACGUCGUCACACAAUCACCAGUCUCGUCGCGUCAACUGAAAGCACUCUUAUAAGAGCAAGGCGCUAUAGACGCUGCCUACUCCCAUCGCCAUCAUGGCUGACAAGGUCCACCCUCAGGGUGAAAAGAUCGCCACUGUCUCCGGAGACCACGAGGAGCACGGCACCGGCCAGCCCGACCCUGUCGAGCUGAGCCGUAACAUCGAGGCCAAGAUUAAGAACCCGCUCGAGGGAAUCGGUUACGACCAGCUCAUGCGCGAUGUCGAAGUCUUCUGCCAGGAGCAUGGCCUCCAGGAAGAGAUCGCCGUCUUCCGCAAGGGCGCAUUGGUUGCCCAAGACCCGGAGAACUACGAGAACAUCGGCGGCCCUGAGGCUCUUGACGAGGCUGAGAUCACGGCGCUCCGAGAAGAGGUCACUCACAAGUGGCGCUUGCCUAAGAAGCUCUACCUGACCAUCAUCACUUGCUCCAUUGGCGCUGCCGUCCAGGGAUGGGACCAGACCGGUACCAACGGCGCCAACAUCUUCUUCCCCAAGGAGUACGGCAUCGAUACCAACAGCACUCGGGAUCGUCUCAUCCUGGGUCUCGUGAACGCUGGCCCUUACUUGGGAUCUGCUCUCUGUGGCUGCUGGCUGUCCGAUCCUCUCAACCACUACUUCGGUCGCCGUGGCGUCAUCUUCUUUUCUGCUCACUUCUGCAUCUGGCCCCUCAUCGGUUCUGCCUUCAGCCACAACUGGCAACAGCAACUCGCCAACCGUCUUCUCAUGGGAAUCGGUAUGGGUGCCAAGGCCUCGACUGUUCCCAUCUACGCCGCCGAGAACUCCCCGCCGUCCAUCCGUGGUGCCCUUGUCAUGUCCUGGCAAAUGUGGACGGCCUUUGGCAUCGCGCUUGGAACUGCCUUCAACCUGGCUGUUUACUAUGCCCCCCACAACUGGCGUCUCAUGCUCGGUGCCCCUUUCCUCCCCGCCGUGCCCCUCCUCAUCUUGAUUUACCUGUGCCCUGAGUCGCCCCGUUGGCUCAUGAAGAAGGGACGUUACCACGACGCCUGGAAGUCCAUGAUCCAGCUCCGACACAACCCGAUCCAAUGCUCCCGCGACAUGUACGCUAUCCACGCCCAACUGCAGCUUGAGAGCCUGGUUCUGGGCAAGAGCAACUACGCCAGCCGUUUCAAGGAACUCUUCACCAUUCCUCGUGUCCGCCGCGCCAACUUGGCAGCCUUCACCGUCAUGAUUGCUCAGCAGAUGUGCGGUAUCAACAUUAUUGCCUUCUACUCCACCACCAUCUUCAAGGACGCCAACAUGGGCGACUUCCAAGCGCUUCUCGGCUCGUUCGGUUUCGGCAUGGUCAACUGGAUCUUCGCCUUCCCAGCUUUCUGGACCAUUGACACCUUUGGCCGGCGAUCCCUGCUCCUGUUCACCUUCCCCCAGAUGACCUGGACGCUCUUGGCGGCCGGUCUCUGUACUCUGAUCGCGCCCGGUGUCACGCGUACCGCCCUGGUGUCCCUCUUCGUCUACUUGUUCGGCGCCUUCUACUCGCCCGGCGAGGGCCCCGUGCCCUUCACCUACUCGGCCGAGGUCUACCCUCUGUCUCACCGCGAGAUGGGUAUGGGUUUCGCCGUCGCCACCUGUCUUUUCUGGGCCGCCAUCCUGGGUAUGACCUUCCCCUUCAUCCUCGACCGACUCCAAGUCGUCGGCGCGUUCGGCCUGUACGCCGGCUUCAACGUCGUGGCCUUCAUCAUGAUCCUGUUCUGGGUGCCUGAGACCAAGCAGCGCACCCUUGAGGAGCUCGACUGGGUCUUCGCCCUGCCCACCAGCCGCUUCGCCAGCUACCAGAUCAGGAAGGCCAUCCCCUACUUCUUCCGACGCUGGGUCUUGUUUGACCGCAACGCCAAGCUGGAGCCUCUCUACAACUUCCAACAGCCCAACCGCACCGAGCGGGUUGUCAGCUCGGAUGAGGAGAAGAAGACCUACUAGGGUCCUUCUCUGGCCUACGCCCAAGCACGUCAUUGCAAUGUACAGACCAUGUUCCCAUGAAUCUGAACUUACACACACACACGUUAAUGAGGGGAUGAAGGAGGGAUCGAGAGAUAUACCCAGACGGCGAAGUAUGAGACGAUGAGCUUCACUUUCUCUUGUGUGUCGGGUCCUCUGGCCCCGGCGCCUAAUGCGUGGAACGGACAAAUGUUCCUUCACCGUUGUUCAAAUCCAGCCUUGCAUAGGGUUGGUGGUACGGACUUGAAUUGAUACCAAUAUGAUUUCAUCACUACAAGUAC